UACACAACGGCUUCAAUCCCCGCCUAUUUACUUCUGCUCCGCGGUGCCCCUCUCUAAUUUUUCGAAAUUAAAAGACUGUUUAAUUGAUUUUCUUUGCUAUAUUAAGAUCCUUUGAUUUCUUUUGUUAAUUACUCGUUAUCGCCGCCUUGGUGAACUUCCGCCGUCAUCUCAGGCCAUCGGCUCAUACUGGCUUCGUGCUGUUGUUUACGCUCUUUUAAGGCUUAUCUGAGCUAUAUUGAGGAGGAAAAAUGGAAAGUUCUGGCCUGCCCGUAGAGUUGAUGACAGGACAAGAUUCAUGGAGUUUGGAAGGCAGUGAUAGUAAUGCUUUAAUAUUGCCUACAAAAAGAAGCAAGAAAAGGAAAGAGAAUAAUCUGGAGCUUGAAAAGGCCAAAGAGAAACAAAACCCCAAAUUGAGUAAAUCUCAGAUAAGAAAGUUGAAGAUGUUGGAGGAGGAGAAAGAGAAAGCUUUUUGGCUAUCAAAGAGCAUUGAGGCCUUGGAGAAAUACAAGAUUCUGGAAGAUGCAUAUUCUUUACUGUGGUCUUCAAAAACUAUUGGUCUGGUUUGUAUCAUCGAGUCUUUACCAACUUUAAAUCAAAACAUGUUUUCGAAAGCAGGUUUAGAGCUUCCAUAUGUUGACAAAUCUUCUAAGGGGAGAGACAGCAAUAAUUUGUCUUCUUCUUCUGAACCUGAACCUGAGUUGGAGGAAAUUGACUCAAGGAAGGAUAUUAGCAAAUAUCACAUUGGGCAGCCAUUGAUAAUAGAAAUAGAAGUUGCAAGAAAUGCACUUGGUCCUUUGGCAUCUUCUCAAGAGCCGGUUUUUGGCAAGGACCUAGGCCCAAGCUGCAGUUCUGUUGAUACAGUACCAAUUAAGGAGGUUCCCCUCAAGGACAACAGCACACCUUCAGAAGAAGAUAUUAAAAAUUGCAUCCCUAAGUUGUCCGCUGAUGAUAGGAGAGAAAGCAAUAUGUCAAAGGGGCCUCUUUCUGCCUCAACCGUAGUGCAUGUGUUAAGGCCAGAUGAGGUUGAAAACAAAAGGAAGGAUCUUCCGAUAGUCAUGAUGGAACAGGAAAUAAUGGAAGCUAUAAAUGAAAAUUUUAUUAUUUGUGGAGAGACUGGAUGUGGUAAAACCACACAAGUUCCUCAGUUUCUUUAUGAAUCUGGCUUUGGUUCAAGCCAGUCUACUUUUCGAAGCGGUAUCAUUGGUGUUACUCAACCUCAUCAUGUUGCUGUCCUUGCUACUGCUAUGCGAGUUACUUUUGAACUUGGUCUUCAUCUAGGUAAAGAAGUUGGGUUUCAAGUUAGGCAUGACAAGAAGAUUGGGGACAGAAUGAUUUUCUACUAAAGUGCUACUCCGUCAUAAUUCUGGAUCAGGCUCAUGCGAGGAGCUUGAACACAGACAUACUUAUUGGAAUGCUUUCUCGUGUAAUUCGACU